GUUUACGUCUCUAAGAGACCUGGUGAGCAGGAAGUACCUACACCUGAAAAAACACCCCCUUCUAAGUGGGGAGGGAAAACAGGCCAAGGAUGUGCUCUUCCUUUUCAAUGGAAUGGAAAAGAUGCAACUGGAUUUCCGAAUUGGAGCCUCAGAGCUUUGCAGUGAUCCUAAUGAGGGACUGCCUCCAAGUGUAGUUGUGGUAAACCUGCUAAGAAAGUAUCUGUUGCCUGAGGCCAGCAUCUUGAUUACGACAAGACUGUCUGCUUUGGACUGUAUCCCUCAGAAGUAUGUUACUCGUUACGCACAGAUACGUGGUUUUAAUGACCCAUCACGCCAGCGGGCGUACUUCACCAGUCGCCUUCUAAAGCAGAGUGACACUGCACAUAACCAAGAGGCCCAGGAUCUUGUAGAACUGCUUUACCUCAACCUCCAGAGAGAAAGCCAACUUGCUGCUGCAUGUUUCCUUCCAUCGUAUUGCUGGCUCACUUGUGCAACCUUACACUUUCUGCGUUUUACCAAUACCAAAGCCCCCAUCCGCACUCUAACUGGCAUAUACACAAGUUUCCUCAGGCUCAAUUUUGGGGGUGAAGUGCUCGGUACAGGAGCAGGGACGGACAUGCCCAUUCAGGAACACCAAAGUUCUCUGAUGUUAUAUGUUGUCCGUACAGUAGGUAAGCUUGCAUUUGAAGGUGUGACAUACAAACGCACAUCCUUCUCAGAAGCAGAACUAGAGCAGUGGAUAGGAGGGAAGACAAAGACAGAUGAGGAGCUUCAUCAGCUGGCCAUGUUCCGCACCGAUGUACUAGACUUCUUUUUGGCUCCUUCCAUAGAAAGUGGUAAAUCUAUAUUACAAGACCUAAGGGAAAACAAUGAGAAGCAGUAUGUGUUUGCUGUCCCAGCCAUGCAAGAAUACCUGGCAGCACUCUAUGUAGUUCUAGGAGAGAACAAAUCUGCUCUUGAGAAGCUCACCAAGAAAGUAUCUGUGGCCAUUGGUCAGGCAAGUGAGGAUGUCAAUGCCCUUGUUAACAUCUUUUCUAAGUUAAUUCCCCUCCGAAUUUUUGCAGUAUUCAAUCUUCUUAAGCUUUUUCCAAAGCUCUAUGAGAAAAUCAGCAGUCUCAACAAAGGCAGUAUAGCCAGAACCAUGGCAGCUGAGCUGUUCCACACUGAGGAUAGCUACAACGAGGAUGUCCUUGACCAGGUCGAGCAAAACCUUGUAGGAGUCCAUGGCCCACAGCAACAGCAGUACAGUGAACGUCAACCUUUUGAGCUGUACCCUAUCUUCAUGGGUGGGCUAUUGCACUAUGGUAACCGUGUGCUUCUCCAACAACUUGGCUGCAGCAUUCAAAGCACCACUGUGGCCCAGAUCACCCAUGCCAUUAGGAAAUACCUUGUUAGAGAGCUUAACAAGCCACAACCACCAGAAGAGCUGAUGGAUCUGUUGGUCCUUCUAUAUGAGUUCCAGAACCCCAGACUGACUGCAGAGGUUGUAACUUCAAUCAGAGCUAUCUGCCUCACCAACAUUCGUAUGACUUCACUUAAAUGUUUCAUACUGAGUUCUGUGCUUUCCUGCACCCCUGCAAGUUACUACCUUGAAGAACUGGACCUAUCCUCCUGUCUCCUGAAUAAUGACACGCUUCAGAUGCUGUGCCCUGCCUUCAGACACACAUACAACCUCAAUCUGCAGUUUAACACCCUUGGUCCUGAGUCCUGCAGUCUGCUGAGAGACCUACUGCUAGAUCCCAGGAGUGUUAUUAGAUCUCUGAAAUUGUGUGACAACCCUCUUAUGGAGUCUGGAGUCCAAAUCCUGGUGGAAGCCCUGCCAGAGAAUCAGUCCCUGACAAACUUGUCCCUGAUGCACACUGGACUGGGGGAUGAGGGUGUCCUGGAUCUGGCUAAGAGGCUCCAACAACACAGAAGACUCCAGGAGCUCAACGUGGCCUAUAACAAUAUUGGAGACGACGCAGCUCUACUUCUGGUAGAUGCCUGUAGAGAACAUCCCAGCAUUCAGACUGUACAUUUAUAUUUGAACCCUCUCAGUAAAGUGGCGAAGCAGUCCCUGUAUGCCCGAGGUGUUCCCCGUAGCCACAGUGGCCAACGGGUCAAGGUCCUGGCUUCUGUCACUGAAGGGACAGACCUCUCUGAGAACUGGCGCCCCAUUCUCAAUGUUAUACGAGAGAACUCCUCAUCCUGGGAUCAGCAGCAUGUCAUACAGCAACUAAAGGUCUUUCUCGAGGAUCUGGAGUGGGGGCGUCAACAGCAGCAGAGCCUCUGGAAGAGGCUACAUUUCCGCAGAGUUGAGAAGGGAGUCCGGAAAAUUCUAAAGAUGUAUAGGAACAAUUUACCUCCCUCCAAGAAGUAACCCAGGAGGUGAUCAGGAAAUGAGUGUUCAAGUUUGAAUAGGAUGAAUCCAGAUAGGAGAAUCUUCAAACAGCAAUGACUAAUAGUCUAGGACAGGGGUUUUAAAACAGGCCAGCGGACUAUAUCAGGCCCACAAUACAAUUUUUUCUGGCCAGCAAAAUAAUUUCAUAUGUCAGUUAUUGAUGUGGUCUCUAUGUGGGAGCUGAAUCUUCAGCCCUGUUGAGAAUUCCUGCAGACAGGGGUUGGGCUUUAUUUUGAUAGGUACACCAUGCGGACAAUCACGUGUUACAUUCCCCUUAAAGGUCCAGGGGAUGAAGGAAAGUAAUAAAAGUUGUCCAGGUUGAACAAAGAAGAUAGAGAGGCCAUUCAUAUUAUGCAAAGUAAUUAAGCAAUAAACAAUUAAAUGACAAAA